ACUUGUCGUCUGCUUGAGUUAAAAAUAUGAAAAGAUACAAAUUCCUUGCAGCUUCCAUUCUUCUCUCCCAAUUAUCAGAAGACUCAGAAUCCCAAUUUUCCAUAAUUUUAAUAUUUGUUGUUUGAUUUAAUCAAUAUGAACAUCUUUUCCAAGAAACCCAAUGCCAAAGAAGCGCUUAGGGAAAGUAGAAGAGAACUGACUCAUGCCACCAGAGGUAUUGAGAAGGAAAUUUCCGCUUUACAAUCAGAGGAAAAAAAACUUGUUGCUGAAAUAAAAAGGACUGCUAAAACUGGAAAUGAGACAGCAACAAAAGUUCUAGCACGUCAGUUAAUCAGGCUUAGACAGCAAAUAGCGAACUUGCAAGGUAGUCGGGCUCAAAUGAGAGGUAUAGCGACUCACACACAGGCAAUAUCUGCCCAAUCUUCGGUUGCUUCAGGCAUGAAAGGAGCCACUAAGGCUAUGACUGCUAUGAAUAAGCAAAUGGACCCUGCAAAGCAAGCGAAGGUGAUGCAAGAUUUCCAGAAGCAAUCAGCUCAAUUGGAUAUGACGACUGAAAUGAUGUCAGAUGCCAUAGAUGAUGCUAUAGAUGAUGACGAAGCAGAAGAGGAAACUGAAGAUUUGACAAAUCAGGUCCUUGAUGAAAUUGGAAUUGAUGUUGCCUCACAGUUGUCAGCGGCUCCCAAGGGAAAAAUUGCUGGAAAAAGGACUGAGGAAUCAAGCAGUUCGGGGAUCGAUGAACUGGAGAAGAGAUUGGCUGCACUUAGAAAUCCUUGAUCUCAGUAUCUUGGACUAGUCCUUAUGGAGUUUUACCACACACAAAACAUGAUUCCUGUAAGUUUUAUGUACAUAAUUUUGUUCCAAGAACGAUGUAAUGCAUCAAUCCUUGAUCUUCUUUGAGUGAUAAAUGGUUGUCCAAAAGGUACAAACAAUGUAUUUGUUGUUUGAUAAAGUCCAUCUUGGCGUGAGUUUCUUUCA